UGUCGAAUUUUUUAUUAAUUUUUGCCGACAAUAUUCAUUAAUUUGUUUUUAUUUUUUAAAUUCUCUGACUAACUGUUCGAAUUCGAGAUUUUAUUUGUUAAUCAAUAAAUAUAGUUAUGGGCGGAUCCCAAUCUACUGAAAUUCCCGGUGGUGGUACUGAAGGUUAUCAUGUUUUAAAGGUACAAGAUGAUUCCCCUGGUUCCAAAGCUGGUUUAGAACCAUAUUUCGAUUAUAUUAUUGUAGCCGGCAAUACUCGACUAAAUCAAAUGAAUGAUGAUUUGAAAGAUAUAUUGAAAUCACAUGUGGAUAAAUCACUUCGUUUGUUAGUAUAUAAUUCAAAAUAUCAGAAUGUACGUCAGGUUGAUAUUGUUCCUACUAAUAAUUGGAAUGGACAAGGAUUAUUGGGUGUAAGCAUACGUUUCGCAUCAUUUGAAAAUGCUAAUGAAAAUGUAUGGCAUGUGUUGGAUGUUGCUCCUAAUUCACCGGCUGAUAUUGCCGGAUUGAAAUCUCAUCGAGAUUAUAUUAUUGGUGCUGAUUCAUUACUACAGGAUAAUGAUGAUAUAUUUAAUUUGAUACAAACAUAUGAAGGUAAACCAUUGAAAUUGUUUGUAUAUAAUGUUGAUACAGAUUCUUGUCGUGAGGUUACCAUUGUGCCUAAUUCUAAUUGGGGAGGUUCGGGUCUUCUUGGCUGUGACAUUGGCUAUGGUUAUUUGCAUCGAAUUCCACAGCCAAAAUCUGAUGAUCAAGAAUCCUCUUCUUUAUUGUCAAAUGUUACUUCAGGGGCAACAAUCAUUGCUUCAAACGUACCUUCAAAACCAACCAUUAUGGGUGAUACGGGUGGUCAAAUCGAACAACGCAAACCGCCAUCGGAUAUGAAUCAACUUUGGACUAAACCGUUGACUGAAAUAUCAAAGCAAGAACCGCUGCCGGUGUCCACGUCAUCGAUGCCAUUAUCGUCAAGCACAACGGAUGUUAAAGAUGAACAAAAACGUCAACUGCCACAUUUGGGACCAACAGUAGUAACACCAGCUUCAACGAUUCCAUCUUCAUCCUUAACUACUAUGGAUAAACCGAUUACAUCAGCUUCUACGAUUAAUUCAACAGCGGCUCCAUUAUUGUCCAAAAAUCUAUAUCAACAUCAUACGGUCAAUCCAGCAACUUCGUAUUUUACACCUGCUCCAUCCUAUAAUAACAGCUUCAAUCCGGUUUCAUCCUCAUCAGUUAUUCCGCCCUAUUCAACAUCAUCAUCAUCCUCAUCAUCAUUUGUCAACACUGGACUGUCGCAGCAAUUCGGACAAUCAUUGAGUUCUAAUAGUCCGGCACCGCCACCAUCAAUACCCAGUUCAACAAUGAUGUCGACCGCUCUUAUUCAACCUCCAUUCGUUUCUAGCUACUCAUCGUCCACUUUUUCAUCAUCAUCGAUGCCUUUUGCUUCCGCUGGACAAAUCCAACCGCCACCAAUGUUUACAAUGCCUUCACCGUCGGUUAUGACACCACAUAGCUCAUCAUCUGCAUCGACAACGUCUUUUCAACCUUAUAAACCAACAUUUCCAGGUGGUGCCACUUAUCCUCCCUCUCUUCCUCCAUUAACCUCUUCAUCUGGUGGUCAUUAUGGAUCACCACCUCCACUGGUGAUGCCACCACCCAUAUCGAACUCGAAUAUAACAUUGUUUAAUCCGACCACAUCGAAUACAUUAUCUACACCUUCAGCUCCUCCGAUGACAUCUGCAGCAAUUGAAUCAACAUCGGCAACACCAAUGAUGAUGAUGUCGACACCGCCAUCGCAAUAAAUAAUAGAUAGGAUGCAAUCUAAUUCUAAAUUCUUGGCAUU